AUGCACAAGGGCUGGAAGAAGUACUUCGGCCAGAAGUCCCUCAACGAGGUGACUAUGGACGAGUAUCUGGGGAGCCUGGGACUGUACCGAAAACUAACAGCCAAGGACGCGUCCUGCCUCUUCAGAGCCGUGUCCGAGCAGCUUUUCUACUGUCAGAUUCACCACAAUGAAAUACGGAAAAUGUGCGUGUCAUACAUGAGGAAGAAUGAAAAGCUCUUUGACUCUUAUGUAGAAGGCCCUUUCGAGAAAUAUUUGGAAAGAUUAGAAGAUCCUAAGGAGAGCGCAGGCCAACUUGAGAUAACUGCUCUUUCCUUAAUUUUCAACCAAAACUUCAUUCUUUACAAGAGUCCUGGAAAACCACCCACAUAUGCAACUGAUCUUAACUGUCUUGGAAAGAUAAUGUUGUGUUCCUCCACCAAUGGGCACUAUGAUUCUGUCUAUGUGAAAUCUUUCCAGACAAGUGCUGCUAUCUGUCAAGCUGUUCUCUAUGAGUGUCUAUACAGAGAUGUGUUUGGAGUAGAUGAGCGAGAACUGAUCGCUGCUGUUGAGCUGUUUCGAAAUGGGACAAAGAAGAAUCGUAACAGUGCAUCCACUGGCAGCGAAGAUGCGAAUUAUGAUUGCACUUCUGAACAUACAAAGGCAUCCGCUGACGGGAGGCAAAUGGAAUGGGAGAAAAAAGAUGUUGACAAUUCUGUGGAGGAGAAAACAAAGCAAAGCACAGAGGAAGUAAAGAUAACUGAAACCCCAAACAAGAUGCCAUUCCCAUACAAAGUCUUAAAGGCACUUGAUCCAGAAAUCUACAGGAAUGUUGAAUUUGAUGUCUGGCUGGACAGCAGAAAAGAGCUGCAGAAAACGGAAUAUAUGGUGUUUGCUGGAAGACAUUACUGUUUAGGUGAUAAGUGUCAGGUUCGUUUAGAGCCUGGUGGGCGAUUCUACAAUGCUCAUAUACAAGAAGUUGGACAAGAUACCAAUUCUGUUACAGUAUUUAUUGAAGAACUGGCAGAAAAACACAUUGUCCCGCUUGUUAAUUUAAAACCAGUCACUCAAGUGAAUCCCGUUCCAGCUUGGAAUUCUUCAACUAACCGCAAGGGAGCAAAUUACCAAAAGAUUGCUGCUGGUUACCAGAGUGACAUUGAGCUCGACUUCAAAUCUAGGAAGAGGCUGUUCAAGAAAGUAUGUACAAAGGGAACAGCAGCUAGUCUUGCGUCAUAUGAACACUUCAGGCCUCCCCUAUCUCCACAUCGUCAAAGCCGUAGCUUUGGAAUCCCAAAGUCUUUGCCUCGAUCUAUUAACAGACAUACCAUUAUGAGUCCAGAGAUUCAAUUUUAUCACAGUCCUGGGAAGAGGUGCUACCAAAGCUUUGACAACUAUUCCUACAGAACUAGGUCCUACACACGGAGUAGAAGGCAGAUGCCUUACGUAAAUAAAGAGUGUCAGUUUGGGUUUGUGUCGGAUAGAGAUGACGAGCAACGAGGCCUGGAAGAAACUAUAACAUAUUAUGAAAUUGAGGAGGGAGAUGAACCACCUUUCCCUCCUUUAUCUAAUCCAGGAAGUCAAAUGGUUCCCACUCCAGCCUUUUGGGUUGCAAGGAGCAGUCCUGGCCCCAUUGGUACAGUCAAGCAAAAUUUGAAUUCAUCAGAAGAAGAUAUUGAUGAACCAAGUGAUAAUGGAGAGUAUCAUGGAGACUUCAUGUAUAGUUCAGAUGGUGCAUUUGAGAAUACGUCUUUGUAUAGUACAACAGAGUCCACUCAGAAUAUGUCUCUGCAGGAUGAAGUCUCGCGUGCUGUGCCUACUCAAGAUGAUGUUUCUUAUAAGUUCACGGAACAGGUAGCAUCUGUUAUAUCUACCUCUUGUGUGAAUUCUGCACCAGCAACAGUGAUCUCUACAAGUUCACCUGUGGGUGAACCAUCCACUGGUACCUCCAAUGUCCUUCCACAGACUGCUGUGCAACCAAUGGUAGUAUCGCCACCUCCCACUGGACGGCCAGUUCCACCAGGAGAAAUGGGUGACUGUGCAAUUCAUCUACCUCCACCACCUUAUUCUUGUGACCCUAAUGGCAACGAUCUACCAAGAGACACAAAAGUUCUACAGUAUUAUUUUAACCUAGGCUUACAAUGUUAUCAUCAGAGCAUUUGGCACCCCAUGGUAUAUGUGCAACAGGUACCUACUCCACCACAUGUUGAGCCAUAUCAAGGCUUUCCAGAGCCUGUUCCCAUAGUUGAUCAACCUCUGCCAACCAUUUACAAUGACAACCGGCCUGUGACAAUCGAAGCUGGUGGUCCAUUUACAAAUGUGGAAUCGCUGCCUCCACCACCGGGACCGAUAUAUUACCCUUUUGUUCCUGAUCCAUAUAACCAGCCUCCUUUAAGUGGUUUUGACCCUUGUGUGUCCGUUGUGCCUACAUAUCACUAUGUAGCACCCUGGCAUCCUAUAAGCCCACCUUACAGCAGUUCACCCCGAAUUCAUAAUGCUGUAAAUCCCGGUCACGUUCAUCCAGUGAGCUACAUAACCGCACCUGCACACUUUGUGCAACAAUCGAUAUGA